AUGAUCUACUCCCUCUACAUAUUCGACAGACACUGCGACUGCGUCUACUACCAAGAUUGGAACCGUACCUCACCCGUUCGACCUCCUCCUCCUUCUAACUUCAAAGCGGGUAUACACCGCCUCCCACCACCGCCCGAUCCUACAGGCGCCAUCAGGGAGAGCAUAUUCUCGAAUCAAAGAUCAUCAAUACAAUCAGGUGCGGUAGAUGGGCAGGAUGGGCGGGGUCAGGCUGGGCCGGUGGGAAGAACAGGGAAAGGGAUAGGCGGGUUGCCGUUUGAUGAGGAGGCGAAGCUGGUAUAUGGGGUGGUGCUGAGUCUGAGGAAUAUGGCCAAGAAGCUAUCAGGACGGGAAGACCUCUUCACCUCCUACCGCACUCCCACUUACAAAUUCCACCUCUUUGAGACGCCCACCAAUUACCGCUUCGUCCUCCUCUCCGACCCUUCUGGCGACUCCUUGAGCUUUGUUUUGCGCAAGCUAUACACCGGGGCGUUUAUGGAAUAUGUCGUCCGGAAUCCGCUCAUCGACAUGAACAGCCGGGACAUAGGGAUAGAUAGUGAUGCUUUCCGCUCAGCAGUGGAUAGACAGAUGCGAGGUCUCUCUAUGUUCAACACCUAG